AUGUCUCGCUCCGUAUCGCACUCGAGCCCAACGGGCACCAAGGUCCGUGGAGGCGGCCCACCCAAAAAACCGGACAACACCACGCCCAUGGACUCGAGGGGCUUGUUGGUCUUGAAGCUCACCUCAGAAGGUCAAGAGUGUGAGGCAUUGGUGAAGGGAAACUACCGAUUCCAUGUAGACGACACCCUGUACGAAUAUGCAGACGGGAACUACAGAUGCGUCACCAAGCUCAAGAUACGAGACCGGGAUGAUGGCAAGUUCGGUGCUUCUGGAGUUCUUAUCGAACCCGAUCUAGUCCUUACCUCUGCCCACAAUGUGCAAUACCGUGGUGGAGAGGACUAUGUUUCUCAGGCUAUCUCUAUCAGGGUGUACAUUGGAUACCACCAUCAAGACUCCUCGAAGGGAAUUGCGGUCGAGGAGCGUGUCGGCAAAAGAGUCAUAGUGCCGCAACAAUGGAAACUGUCCGGAUUCGCUUGGCACAACGACAUGGCUCUUAUCGAGCUCGAGACCAAGUUCACCCAGGUCAAGCCAGCUUUGUAUCAGGCGCCAUCAUCCGCAGAGUCAACUGUGCUCGUCGUUGGCUAUCCCGGCGAAAAUACAACACAAGUCCGCGGGUCCUGUACACGUUGCAAGAAGGCUGGAUGCAUGUACGAAGUGGCGGGUCAGGCUAAACACAAUGCCCGGAAUUUGCUGGAGUACAAACUUUCGACUAUGCCUGGCAACUCUGGAGGUCCGGUCUUCCUUAAAAGCAAGCCGAAGGAGAACACGCCCAGAACAGUCAUAGCUACACACAGCCAUAGCAGCUCAAGGAAGGGUACCAACUUCGCCGCCCCAGUCGACGUCGCCUUCAUCGAAGCAAGCAAGAGUUUUCUCAGUCUACCAGACUCGCCCUCUCACCAAGACAUCAUAAUGCUCAGGCAAGGUGAUACCAGCACCUGGGAUAUGUCUCCGUCGGUAGAUACAAGGACCAGCCGUACAAAAGCCGUCAGAUCACCCAGAUGCUAG